AUGAUGGAAGCAGCAGAGGAAUAUGGGGACAUGACGUUACCGCUAGAAAGUGAAGGGAAACAGCAGCAGCAAUUGGAACUUCAGAAGGGAAAUCAUGAGGAUCACGAUCAGUUGCCAAAUGUCGAAGAAUACAAGGCUGCCAUAGGUCAUCGCACUGGUGGUGUGGGAUUGAAGGAUAAGCUCAAAAAAGUGAUUGGAAACAUUGGGCCAUCAUCAGCUGACGGGGUGGAAGAAAGAGAAUCCAUUCUUGCUCGCGAUCCAGUGGAACGGAAACAAGAUCCUCCUGAAUUGAGAAAUCAGAAAUAUGAGAUGAUGGCUUAUGAUGACGAGAGGAAUCAUGCCGUUGAAAAUGAAGGUCUGUUCCGAAUUGAUGCUGACGAAGAAAAUGAUGACGAAAAUCAAAUUGUGUCUUUAGAAAUUGAAGAAGAGGGCAGUGAUCAGGAAAAGUACGAAGAGGGUCCAAACAACUGUUUCUGGAAGAGUUGCGGAUUUGUAUCGAUAUGCCUUUUAGCUGCUGUUGUGGUUCAAUUUGUCGUCUUUGGUAUCCAACCAUCUGAAAAGCCACGAGACUUUUUCCAUUUUGUCCAAGGAGACACUGAAGCCUACCUUGCCCUUCGAGAUUACCUCGUAAACGUUGGCUCCGUGUCUCCUCAAACAGCAUUUGACCAAACGACGACACCUCAAUAUCUGGCAGCACAAUGGAUGGCCCAUGGGGAUCCUCUCAAUAUGCCUGUCCCACAAGAAAGGAAUCUCCAAUUUUCGGAACGGUACAUCAUGGCGGUCCUAUUCUUUGCGCUUGGCGGCACGGAAUGGACCCAUGAGUACAACUUUUUGAGCGGGGAUCACAUUUGCACAUGGUUUGAAGAGUUUACUUUACAAGAUGGUUCAUCCGUUCUAUAUGGCAUACACCGAUGUAGGGAAGCUGACAAUGGGGAACUCUAUCCUCAUUCUGUCUUUAUGCCAAACAAUGGUCUUGCUGGAUUCAUCCCGGAUGAAAUUCAAAGUCUGGAAGGUUUGGAAGUCUUCAAUGUCAUGUUCAAUCCAAACAUUGUCGGGACCAUACCAGAAGCCUUUGCUACUAUGGAUUCACUCACUCACUUGGCCUUGCAAUGGUGCAACUUGGACGGGACGAUCCCCACCUGGAUUGGUACCAUGACAACCUUACAGUAUCUAGGACUUGGAAACAACUUGCUCGAUGGAACAGUACCUGCGGAAAUCAAUAGUUUGAGUCGAUUGGAAUUGUUGGGUCUAGAUGACAAUGACUUGUUUGGAAGUAUUGAUAUCUUUGCACCACUUUCGAAUUUAAAGAGUCUUUAUUUGGAGAACAACUUUUUCAACGGUACCAUAUCGGAGACAUUGAUGCAAGGAUGGCCAAAGAUGGAAGAACUGGAUCUUAGCGAAUGUGGCUUUACUGGUUUCCUCCCGACGACACUAUUCAACAACAAUCCCCAGCUCAAGGUUCUCGAUUUACAUGGAAAUGAAUUUGCUGGGCCAUUACCCAACAUGAUUGAUACCAACACCGAGUUGGACUUCCUUGCCCUGCAUCGAAACCGUUUAGAGGGCUUUGUACCCAACAGUUUUAAAAAUCUGGAAGCUCUUCAUCACUUGGAUCUGAGUGAAAAUUUAUUCGAAUCAACUCUUCCCGAAGAAUUGGGGGAAAUGACGGCACUGGAGUAUUUGUUUACCGGUGACAAUAACUUUGUUCCUGCCGAAGUUCCCAAGUUCUUGAUCGAAUUGACGAAUUUGAAGGAAUUGAGCAUGAAAAAGAAUCAGCUUCAAGGGAGCAUACCCGAGUUCUUCCUCUACUUGUCGAAUCUGGUAUUUUUGGAUUUCCAUGACAACAAUCUGAGUCAACAGGUCCCACCUGGAUUUGGGAAACUUACCGUUCUUCGGCACUUGAUUCUAAAGCAGAACGCACUCACUGGGCAGCUCCCCGCAGAAAUGGGACAAAUGACCAACUUGCAAGUACUGCUGAUGGAGCAAAAUAGUUUUGAAGGUACCGCUGAUGCACUUUGUUCUGCCACAUCGUUCAAGGUGGAAACGUUUGUGGCCGAUUGUGGAGACCAAUUCGUACAAAUCCCAACAGAGAAUCCUGGUAAUGUUGGAGACGACAAUCCCACUAUAUCUCCCAGCGCUGCACCGGAUACUGGAGUUAUUGACGAUCAACCUACCGGUGGCACGUUCAUCACAACUGCGCCGACACCAGCCACAAGUCCGAAUGACGGUCCAACAGCAGCAGAUCUCAUACCCACAAUUGCUUCUUCAGUUCCCACACCAUUUGACGAUGAUAAGGUCUUUACUCCAUUGCCCACCACCAGUCCGCCGGUCUUUGAUGAUGAUCCAGUUGUCAACAACCCUCCUGUUGGCAACGAUGUAGGAGGUGAAGGAGACGGAGGGCUCGGUCAAUUUGAUGAUUUGGGCCCAGCUGACGAUUUACCGGGCAAUGGUGGUGAUGAUGGCGGUCGCCGGCGAAUGGUGGCUGGCCAAAUUGACUGCUCUUGCUGCACAAUAUGUUGCGACCCAGGUGAUGCAACAUGCAACAAUUGGGAUUGGAAGGGAAAUCUGGAUCCCAUUUGGGAACAUGGAUACAAAAGACGCCGUUAUUCAUACGAUCUUGGUCCAGUGGUUUGGCUUCCGUAG